AUGGUCGAAUCACAAGAUUUGUCGUCGCCCUUAGACAUCCCAACAAUAUGCUUCGGCUUCACAUUAGGGUUCCUUGUCCACACGGGCUCUAAAGUCGGAAAGCAAUCGAUUUCAAUCUACAAGCGCACACACGCUAUUAAAAAUACGUAUCUUAUACUCAUCUGGGCGGAACUUUUGUCGAGCCUUGCGUGGGCGAUUGUCGCAUGGCUGUUUCUCAGGGGGGACAUCAAGGGAAGUUUUGGACUCUUCUUCGUUAUCGUAACACUGUGGUCAUUGCAGACGCAGUGCAUUCUUCAGAUCAUCGCAAACAGAGUUGCACUUGUCAUGACCAACAAACGGCAUGCGAGAAUACUCAAGCUAUCUCUUCUCGUGGCCGUGGGCAUAAUAAACAUCUCAGUCUAUGUCAUUUGGAUCCCUGCGCGUAUGGAAAUAAGCCCGACCUGGAUCCAUAUUAAUGAGAUUUGGGAUCGCAUUGAGAAGGUUAUUUAUCUCCUCAUGGAUCUUUGCCUGAACGUCUAUUUCCUCUGGCUUGUGCGGUCAAAGCUUAUCUCUCGUGGUCUGACGAAGUAUCAACCGUUGUUCAAAUUCAACGCGGGCAUCGCCAUCAUCUCAAUUAGCAUGGAUGCGCUAAUCAUUGGAAUGAUGAGUCUGCCUGACGGACUUGUAUACACGCAGUUCCACAGUCUAGCAUACAUCGUCAAGUUGCACAUCGAACUCACUAUGUCAGACUUGAUUAGCAAAGUCGUCCGCGGUAAAGACCGCACGGACAAGCCGCUCUCGUCCUCUGGUCGCGAAGGUAAUUCGUACCCUUCCAAGAGCGGAGGCACGGGGGGCACCGAGCUCACCACCACUCUGCGAAACCGCACGCUUGUCAGUAAUGGAAACAUGCAAAGGCACUCACAUGUCCACGACGGGACGGUCUUUGGAUAUACUGCCGACGCGAAGGGCGUGGGACAUACGGGGCCUUGGAGUCCUUCGUCGGCGAAGCCGAAGGGUGGAGAGAACAGCGAUGCAUCGAGUGAUAGUAGUAGUGACUCAGGCAUCAAUUUUAGGGUCGACCAGUCAGGUAUGAAUGGGAUUAUGAAGACGGUCGCAGUGGAAACAAGGGUUGUCGAUGAAUGGGGUGUUAAUGAUGGUCAUGCGAGGGCAGAGUCGAGACAGGAGGCCGGAGACACGAUCAACAGAAUCGGAAGCACGAGGAAUGAAAGGCGAGAAAGUACGUCGAGCAGUACGGCGCAACUGAAUGAGUAUAUCCCCCAGGCGGCUGGUGAUCGAGUAUAG